GGUUAUCGGACUCAUGACCCAACUCUCAAAUCCAGUUAAACCCGUCCCAGCAUCUACGAUUCAAAUCCGCCCAUCCCCUCACCGUCUAUAAUUCUUUUUCAAGUUCUCCCUCGCUACCCAACGCCACAAUUCCACCUGUUAAAACUAUCGUUAUCCUUCUCUUCGUCUUCUAUUUUAAGUUUAAUUUGUGCCUUUUUCGUUUGUUUUUUCCAAUUAUUCUAUUUUUGAAGGUGAAUUUUAAAAAUGGAGGGAGGACAGUAUAAUCCUCGUACCGUUGAAGAAGUUUUUGGAGAUUUCAAGGGUCGUCGUAAUGGCCUUAUUAAAGCCCUAACCACAGAUGUUGAAGACUUUUAUCAGCAGUGCGAUCCUGCUAGUAUGGAUCUAUGCUUGUUGUGCUUUACAGAGAAGGAGAAUUUGUGCUUGUAUGGACUUCCUAAUGAGCAGUGGGAGGUCAAUUUACCUGCUGAAGAAGUACCUCCAGAACUCCCCGAGCCUGCACUAGGGAUCAAUUUUGCUAGAGAUGGGAUGCAAGAGAAGGAUUGGUUAUCUCUGGUUGCUGUCCACAGUGAUGCCUGGUUGCUUUCUGUUGCCUUCUAUUUUGGAUCCAGAUUUGGUUUUGAUAAAGCUGACAGGAAACGGCUUUUCAACAUGAUCAAUGAACUUCCUACAGUAUUUGAAGUUGUGACUGGUGCUGCUAAGAAACAACAGAAAGAGAAGUCUUCAGUCUCAAACCACAGUAGCAACAAAUCAAAGUCAAACUCCAAGCCUGGAUUGGAAUCUCAGGAAAAAUAUCCAAAGUCACAGCCGAAGGACGAAGAUGAAGGGUUUGAUGAGGAAGAAGUUGAAGAACAUGGCGAAACACUAUGUGGCGCCUGUGGAGAAAAUUAUGCAUCAGAUGAAUUUUGGAUCUGCUGUGACAUAUGUGAGAAGUGGUUCCAUGGCAAGUGCGUGAAGAUUACCCCUGCUAGGGCUGAACAUAUCAAGCAUUACAAGUGCCCAUCUUGCACCAACAAGAGAGCUCGACCCUGAUUUAGAAUAUGAAUCUAAGCUCGGGUACUCCUCAAACUCUGCUAACUGCUGUCGUUGAUCAGGCCGCGCUUGUUUUGAAGUGUUUAUUUACCUUUAGCAUUAACUGUGAAUUCAUGUUCCUCAUCGGGGAAUGUUAAUGUUACUUCAGUAUAGUAUUAUUUCAUUCUAGUUGGCGCAAGUAAAGCCCCGUUUCACUUGGAACUAUUAUGUUUUCUUUCAUUUAGUAGGAAUUUCAGCUGUUUCGGAUUAUCAAAACUAGUAGUUCGUUUUCGUUUGGAAUGUUGUUUAUGAGGCUCGCAAGGUUCUUAUGAUGAAUAAA